AUGGUAGACGAACCCUCGGCAACUGCUGUUGAAAAGCCAAUCGAAGCCAUCAAGAAAGAAACAACUACCCAUGGAACCAUUUCUGUAGAUACCGAGAAGGUCAGAUCAGACCAGCAAGAGACUGGUUCUUUGGAUCAAGAAAGGGGAUUCGUUCAGGCACAUACACCAAAACAUGCCAACAAAAAGGAGGAGCUGAAAGGAUCGGAUCAACAGAAAAUCACUCCCGAUCGAGGAGAGCCAAAAGCUGAUGAUUCUCGCCUUCCUGCCUAUGCUGGACAACGACCUGGAUACAAUGGAAACUUUCCUCCAUCUCGGCCUCAUGAAGGUCACCCUCUCGGUGGCAGUGGGGCGUUUCAGCCACACGAGCGAAGACAACUGCCUCUUCCAGGUCAGGAACAAAGAUAUUACAAUCGCGGUCCACCGAUGCAAGUUUCUCCAGGUGGAAGUGGCGCCAAUGGUGACUAUCACCGUCGGCGGUAUCACAAUUAUCCACCAAACAGGGGUCUUUCUUCUCGAAUGGAAGGAGGCUAUCCACCUCAUCCAUCGCAUGCUCCUCCUCACCAUGGAGCGUUUUACGCUGAUCAAAGGGGGUACAGUGAAUAUGGAGGAAGACCACCUCCACCAGCUUCGUACGAGGGUCCAAGAGGACAAUAUGGUUACCACAGCGGCCAUGCGCCCAACUAUCUUCCUCAAGCGUACAGCAGAUAUCCAGAAGGUCGUGGAAGCACACAAAGUUGGGCGACACAUCCACCAAACUAUCCUCCGCAAAGCGUUGGCGCAUAUCCAAAAGAUCGACCAGCAGCCUACUAUCACACAGAACAUCACUCGAGCGAUGGGGCCUUUAGCAGAUCUGUAUCGACGUCUUUUGAUAGAAGUGUGAAGAGCCGCGAGCCUCAUCAUGACCACCCCAAGAUGAAGCCCCCCACGCCAAUCCAAGGAGACAUCAAGUCAGUGGCUUCGGACGAUAUGUCAUGGAAGCAACUGAAACAAGUUCACAGUGUCGAUGAUAUCGGCAGCAAACCUGCGGAAGCGGAACGUCAAAUAAACUCGACUUCAUCUUCUUUGACGAAUUCUCCAACGGAUGGGACACAAAAGCUCCGUGCAGAGAAGCAUGCACAAGCCAUGGUAGAAGCAGUGGAACAAGCUGUUACUCAGCCAUCGUCGUCACUGGAUUCCCUUGCAUCUGUUUCAUCUGCACAACGGCCAAUCGAAACGGUACGAGCUGACGCUCCUCCAAGUCCUGCUUCCAUUGGAGGCUCGCUUGAUUUGAUGAAAUGUUCCAGUGGGUCCAGUGGACUGCUUCACUUGCCUCCUCAACAACGAGGAUUGGAAGCUGGUCUGCUCAUGGACACGAAACGGGCUCGUGACGAAGAGCGAGGGGAUAUGACUGCCGCAAUUAGAGCCGAAGAAGCUGAGAUUCGACGUGCUCCAUCUGGCGAGGCUCCUGCACCUAAACGAGUAAAGCUUGACGAAGCAUCAAAAGAGGAACCAAGCAUAGAUGCAAAGAAGAAAUCAUCUCCACUGUCAAUAACAUGCAGCCCCUCGGCUCCUAAGCAAAUUCGGCCGGAUCCAAAAAUGCGGCCCAAGAUGGACUAUCAUGCGUCUCCCCACACAAUGGAUGGCUAUUAUGACAAGCCUCCGCAAUUUAGCUAUUCGAUUGAUUCUGCGCCAUCAAUACCAAGAGAUGGUCCUCUCAAUCGAAAGCCAGGAGCUUACUCUUCCAUUCCUCCAAGACCGGGGUCUGCAGCUUCGGGUUCCACGAUCUCUGGCGGUCCGAUGCAUCUUGACGCUCGCGAUCCAGCAAACGCCAUGGUUCCUUCCAUAUCUUCGUGGGAGAUUCAUGCCCAAGAUAGCUUUGGAAAUGGAAGUGUUGGUGGGGGCCAAGGGCUGGCAUCGAGCUUUAGCUUUCAAGAAUUUCCAGCCUUGUCUGCAAGCGAAAGUAACCUCGGGGGCAUUGUUGAGCAUGGACCUCCUGGAACUCACGGGCACCCUGGGAGCAUGCACGCAGCGAUGGAAUCAAGAAAUCAAUCCUUCGAAGGAGGUCACUAUCACGGUGGUGGCAGUUUUGAUCACUAUGGGGGUGGAAGACACGGUCCAUACCAACAAGAAGGCUACAAGCAUGGACAUACUGGGUCUUUCCCUCCUCACGCUCCUUCUUGGGGUACGGCUGCGUCUGGAGGAUCGCAGUAUCACCACCCAGGUGGACCACAAAAUCUUUACGGUCCAUACGGAGGACGUAACUAUCCACCUCACGCUGGCAUGAUGAGAAACUACUCGCAAGAUGGUGGUCAUCGCGCCUCUCCUCCUCCAGGUCUGCCACACCAAGGCUCUAUGUCUCGUCCUCAAGGUCCUCCAAGUGGGUUCCAGCCCCCUCCAGAAUUUGCUGCUCCUCAUAACCCGCACCUUGCGAGGCGGCCUCCUCCAAGUGUCUACAUCAUGACGUCUUCACAAAACGGUGGUGCCAAUCCUGGGGCAAAACGUGGAAGUGGAGUUUUCAGCUGGAGCAAGGAGGAUGACGCAAGGCUAACAGAGAUUAUGAAGAAAUACAAAAAUCCACGGGACUGGGAGCCAAUUGCGAAGGAACACGGGGGUGGCAAAACUUCAAAGGAAUGCCACGAACGAUGGAUUCGAUAUCUCAAACCUGGUGUCCGUAAGGGACAAUGGACCGAUCAUGAAGACGCCAUUGUUAUUGAAGCAGUGACAACAUCUUCUGAACAACCAUUCACUCGCUGGUCUGACCUUGCUCAACGCCUACCUGGACGUGUUGGAAAGCAAAUUCGUGAUCGCUGGGUCAACCAUCUCAAUCCGAAUAUCAACCACCUUCCGUUCAGCAAAGAAGACGAUCUACUCCUCUGGGAAGGACACAAGAAGCUUGGAAAGCGCUGGGUUGAAAUCUCAACGAAGUACUUCCAUUCAUCAAGGUCCGAAAAUCACAUCAAGAACAGGUGGUACAGUGCCUCCUUCAAAAAGUUUAUUUCCAACGAAUUUGGUCCUGAAGCUUAUGCAAGCGCUAAAGGAGCAGGAAAGAACAAGGAUAAGAAGUCGAAGAAGCUUGAUGCCGACGAGGCAACUAUCAAAGCAAGAUGA